AUGGACACGGUGGCUCACCGUCUGAGCCGCUCCUCGACGCGAUACGGGCCCAUCAGCAGCAGCGCUGCCUCCUUCAGCGGGCCCGUCCGGAAGUGGCGCAAGGCCUGGGUGCCCCUCACCGGCGCCAGCACCGCCGGGUCCGGGGGAGGGAGCUCACGAGGUGACAACAAGGUGGUUCUGUUUAGGUGGACGCCUGUGAAUGGCGGCUCAGGAGGAGGGGGAGGGGCCGACGGGGGCAUGGAGCCCGCUGCAGCGGGGGCCUCCACCUCCAGGCGGCGCUACGUCCCGGCUGCAGGGGAGGCACAAAGCACUAGCAAAAAGGGCACCAGCAGCGAGCUCAACUUGAACCUCGAGCUGGAAGAGCCUGAUGACGACACUGACGCCGAUAUGAGCACGGACGAGCCACGCGACGUAGAAGAUAACAACGCCCGUCCAGAAAGCCGGUUGAAGCGGAAAGCAUUUUAG